AUGCUGGCACUCCACAAGGCGGGCCUCUACGACGGUCUGUUCACGGAAGACAAUCCAGCCUCACCCAAAGUCAAGAAGGUCAAGUCUCGGACGAAGGAAGACAAGCCCAAGGAGAAGGAGAAGAAAAAAGAGAAGACGAAGGAAAAAGAAAAGGCGAACGUGAUUCCCUUCCCCCAAACAAGACAGUUUCUCGCUUCCCCAGUCCACAACCCAACUCCACAUGACAGCACGUCUGCCCCCAUUCACUCGCAAAUUCAGCCCUUGGAGAUAACCCAAGGCAAUCAGAACUUCGCAGCAAGGGUGGAGCCGAUUCCAGUUGCUCAAGAGAAGUCCGUCGUAUUCUGCAGAGCGUUGCACAACUAUGAUGCCGGUAUCCCCGAUGGUCUUUCCUUCAGGAAGGGCGACAUUAUCGAGGUGCUGUCUCAGGAUGCCUCGGGAUGGUGGGACGCCUAUUUCGGGGAUGUCCGGGGCUGGAUUCCUUCCAACUAUGUUGUCCUCCUCAGCGAAGACGAAGCCGCCCAUGUUAUCUCGGAGUCACCGAGGUCGGCCUCCACACUCGAAUCUCCGACUGUUUGGACCCCGCGUAGUAGUCCUAACGACGAGACAUCGCCUCCCGUCGAAUGGCGACAUCCCUGGGCGCCCACCUCAGAUGGCCGAGGCCGGCGGGCAUGGCACCUCCCCAUGCGACUUGGGGACUCGGGAGACUCUGAGCUCGAAGACUCACAUGGUGGACUCGAGAUCCCGCUGCCCCUGAAGCCAAAGAAGUCGUUCAUGACCAGCAGGUCUUCGAACGACUCUGGAAGUAUCCAAGGAAAAACUUAUUCCCAAUCCCUCAUCUCUCAUGCGAGCGAGUCCAAGGUGACCUUGAAGGAACGUUCUGGGUCGGCAGUUACAUUUGGGUUUCCCAUUGUGGACGACGUGGGGCUGUCCAUGACACACGACUCGGGACGUGACUCGAUCUACGGAGCAAAGGCCAUACCCUGGUAUCUGCAACCGAGUGUUCCUCCAGAUAUCAUGCUUGGUGAAGAUGGAUCCGUCAAAGGCGGAAGUCUCCCAGCGCUUGUCGAGAGGCUAACAGCACAUGAGCAAGUUUCCGACAGAGCGUUUGCCCAAGCUUUCCUGAUGACAUUCAAGACUUUCGCUAGUAUUGACGAACUGGUGGACGCGUUGAUUGAUCGGUUCAGAAUUGCUCCUCCUCCAGGGCUCAUGUCCAACGAACUGGAGGAGUGGAUUUCAAUGAAGCAGCGCGUCGUUCAGAUUCGCGUGCUCAAUGUCUUCAAGUUGAUGGUACAAGGGAACGACAUAAUCGAGAACGAUGACCAUCACGUCGUUGCAAGGAUCCGAGAAUUUGUUCAAGAGAAGGAUGUCUCGUGCUUACCUGCGGCCCAAGUCCUCUCCAACCUGGUCGAACGGAGGCGCAGUGGGAGCAGCCUUCACAAUGUUGUCAGCAAUACUACUCUUCCGCCAUCGCCCAUUAUCCCCAGAGCUAACAAGAAGAUGCGAUUCGUGGACAUCGACCCCCUCGAAGCCGCUCGUCAGUUGACCAUCUUGGAAAGCGAGCUGUUCCAGAGGAUAAGACCUUUCGAAUGUCUGAAGCGUGUACGAGAACGGAAGGCGGAGCAUAUGGAUAACAUCGCAAUCGUCAUUCAGACGAGCAAUAAGAUUGCGGACUGGGUUGCAGACCUUGUAUUGAGCAAGCAGGAUCCUUGGAAGCGGGCCCAGAUUGUCCGACAUUUUAUCAGCAUUGCCGAUCGGUGUCGACAUCUCAAGAACUUUUCCACCAUGGUUGCUAUCAUCUCUGGCUUGAGCUCUCCCCCAAUUCGUCGGCUUAAGCAAACUUGGGAACACGUUAAUCAACGCUCGAUGAAGGAGCUUGCUGCGUGCGAAGGGAUCAUCGACAGCAACAAGAACUUUUCCAAUUACCGCAAACUCAUGGCGUCCAUGACGCCCCCAUGUAUCCCCUUCAUCGGUGUGUUCCUCUCUACCCUGCAAUUCAUCCAAGACGGCAACCCAGACAACCAUCCCAACGGGCGCAUCAACUUCCGCAAAAGACAGAAAUUUGCUGAAGUCAUAAGUGACACCAAACGAUGGCAGUCACACUCGUACAACCUCCAGCGUGUUCCUGUUAUCAUGGAUUUCAUUGAGGACUCGUUAGGACCUUUGGGGGAGAGGUUCCAUGCGAGUGGCGGCGGUGGCUCGAGCUCGAGCGACAAGUAUUGGAAUUUGAGUUUGGAGAGGGAGCCGAGGGAGAGAUGUGAGAGCGGGGAUGGGAUGGCGGGGAUGAAGGAUGCGUUUUCGGUGCAGGAUUCGUGGUUCUUGUUCUUGGGGAAUGAGGGACCUGGAUCACCUCGCUCGGGGCGGCCCCGGAUGACCUCUUUCCUUAUUCAAGACCAUGUAAAUCGCGAAAUGCCGCGCGAAUGGGCCUCGGACGACUCGUGUGCUUUCUGUCGUAUCAUCAAGAAGACAUCGCCGGCAGCGGUGGUAUACGAGACAGAUAAAGUGAUUGCAAUUCUUGACAUUCUUCCGCUGAGAGAAGGGCAUACACUUGUCAUUCCGAAGAUACAUUGUCCGAGGGUGUCAGAGUUGCCGCCGGAGUAUGCGGGUGCGACUGGGGAGGCGGUUUCGAGGGUUGCGCAGGCUUUGACUAAGGCCUUGGAUCAUACCGGCUUGAACGUCGUGUGUAACCAAGAAUACGCUCAAGUCGUACCUCAUGUGCAUUAUCAUGUUAUCCCAGCUCCCAAGCUGACCGCUUCGAGAAGUCCAUCACCCGAACCUACUACCAGCGAGAAGGGGAAAGGGACCAAGCUGAGCUUGAGCAAGAUGCACAAACUGGAGUUUGAGUCGAGGGAUGUACUGGAUGAAGAUGAGGCUCGGGAACUUGUGACAAAGCUUAAGGCACACCUCUAG